ACAGUAUUUGAUGACAUCUGAUUGGUAGUUGUAAGGUCUGACGUGAAGUGAGCGACUCCUUGCCCUCACAGUUGCUGGGGGACCUCUGAAGGCUACAGAAGCAACUGGAAGACGUCAACAUGUCAGGUGAAGAGAAGAAAAGGGUCCGGGCGGUCCCUAAAGCCAAGAUAAAACUUACCCUGCAGAGUCUCAUGAAGGGAGAGGAUGACAUGAAGAAGGCUAUAGACCAGGCCUGGGACAAGCUGGACACAGACAAGAGCGGCUUCCUGGAGAAGGAGGAAUUCCGUGAGGCCAUCAACCUCGUGCUGGUUGGGGAAGGAGACGAGGAGGGUAUUGGAGAAAAGCAGUUCAACAGCUUUUUCGACAAGGUGGACAAAGACGACGACGGCAAGAUCUCUAAGGAUGAGUGGUUCAAGCGGGCCAGGGGACUCUUUAAGAGGAUGGAGGAGAACAUCGACAACGAGGACGCGCCUUAGUGUCCGUCAAAACAAGCCCAGACCAGAAGUUGCCAUCAACAGAUUGGAGUUUUCACGGACCACCAAACUACUGCGUCAAUGGGGUUACUCACGUCUUAUACGUCAAAGUUCGAACGCUUUCUAACAUGUUCGAUACACUUUCGAUGCGUUCUAAUGAUAUCAAUACAUGUAAUAUUUAGAACGUGUUCGAAUCUUGGCAUAGACUCAUGGUACUAGUACUAGGACCUCGUCCCCUGUGGUAACAGGUUUGGUGGCCUGUGAUUCGUUUAAUCAAACGUUUGAUAUGCGUGAUAUGUUCUGUGAGGAGAGUGAAAUAGAGCACAUGUAACGAAAUCAACGUUAACGGCUUGGAAUAAAAGAGUCUGAGGCACGUGGA